AUGGGAAGAGAAAUACGGCUAAACAUACAAUCCAUCGAAACACUUGCCUGCAGUGUGUGUGGAGAAUACUCAACUGAGCCUUGGGAAUGUUACGCUUGUGAGAAGUUUUUUUGCUUUAAUUGCCUCACAGAUUUUGCUAACUCUUAAAUACCAAUCAAGGCCAUUAGAAAGAUCAUUAUUUUUAGAAAAUUAAGCUCUCUUGAUUAAAGAGCAAAAAACUUGCUCGCUAACUAAGGAAGAGUAACAGUAAUCCAAUCGGAAAUUGUCCCCAAGGAUGCGUCAACACACGAAUUGAGGUCGUUGGUCCUACGUUUUCCAAAAUGCUAAGGCAGCUUAUAGUUAAGUGUAAGUACAAUAAUUGCAAUGCAGAGGUACCUUUACAAGACAUUUUGACUCAUGAAGAAACUUGCAGAUGCAGACCUGACAAAAUGGAUAUCGACAAACAUGAUCGAAUCGAAGAAAUUCGAUUAAAACGAGACUCAGAGUGAAUACAAAUGCUGCAAAACUCAUGGGGCAGAGGAUAUCCUUUGGUAUAUCCUAUGACUCCAAACGGAUGUAUGCCCUUUUUUGCACCUAAUUACCCACCUCCGAUGACGCCAACUCCUUCAUCACAUGGUUCUUUUGUGUUUCCCUGCCCAACACCAAGAUCCAAUAAUUUUCAACUAUAA